AUGGAAACCGCUACUGGCAGUAGCGGUUUACAAAAGCACAGAAACCGCUGCUCUGGUGUGAGAUAUGAAACCUUUGUGAUAAGGUCGGAUGAAGACCUGCAGGUCUUGUUUCACUGCAGGCGUAGUUUUUCGGAGGUGAGGAUACCUGAGCUGUUUGCGAAGUUGAAAGAUGGUGUCGACAGCUCUGGGGCAUCGGCACCGAAUCCUCAAUCGACCACGGUCGGUGGUGCCUCGACAUCGAUGCCUGUGGUAGCAGCUGCAGUUCUGAUUCCUGAGCCCAAACGUGCUGGGGCUGUUCAUACUAGUGUGCCUCCUGUUGUGCCUGAUUUUGAAUUUGAGGCCGGACCGGAUCGAGUUGAGAAUGCGUUGCGUGACGAUGAUUCGGAUGAGGAGCCGGUCGAUAUUGGUAGGGACAGUGAUGAUGAUAUUCCAAGAGGUACAUGUACAGCACAUGGAGGUUCUGGUUCUAGAACACAAGAGUACCCUCUGCACCUGUCGUCCUUGAACUUGGAAGCCAUCGGCCAACACCAGAAUGUAGAAGCAACCUUCGUGGGACAGGGUAUGCAUGAUGCGAAUCCUUUGACGGAAUUCCAGAUUGACCAAUCGUUCCAGAGUAAGGAGGAAGCCGUGCUGAGUGUAAAAGAUUACAGCAUUCGGCGUGGAGUUGAGUAUAGAGUUAUGGAGUCGGACAAUCUGAAAUACCAAGGGAGAUGCAAGGAGUUUGGUAACAGGUGCACGUGGUUGAUUCGUAUAGUCAUGCGAAAGAGGAAGAGCACAUGGGAAGUUAGGAGGUACAACGUGUAUGGCCACAUCGAUAUCGAGCAACCACAAGUGCUGCAAGAGGCAACGGAGGUGACAUACGGUUUCAGGCCCAGUUAUCAGAAGGUGUGGUUGGCGAAGCAGAAGGCAGUAGCACAGAUCUAUGGCGACUGGGAGGAGUCAUAUAGGGAUCUGCCCUGCUGGAUCCUUGGGAUCAAACCCACCAUGGAUGGUUCCGUUGCUUUGCUGAACCUAAACCUCUCGUGGAACCAUGUAAAGUAUAUCGUCAUCUGCUUGACCUUAUUCGGUGGUGGCAGCUCACUGAAUAGGUCCUGA